GUUAUAGACUCCUGGAUGGUGAUGUAGAAGUCCUGUUUAUGCCAGAACAUAAGCUUGCAAAUUUGGAGAAGAUGAUUGGUGUUAAAAGAAAUGGAGAUGCUUAUCAACAGGAGGGGCUGCCAGGCCAGCAGAAGAGCAGAGCUUUAAUGAAAACCAGCGAUGCACGUGGUGAGCCUGGACUCUCUGAGCCCCAGCCUGGACUUGGUGAGGCCCAGCCUGGGCUUUGUGAGGCCAGACCUGGACUUGGUGAGGCCCAGCCUGGACCUUGUCCCCUGCAGCACGAGGGGCUGUCUUCCCCAUCAACAGCCCUGAUGAGGUUGGACAAGUCUGGAGCAUCAGAAAGUCCAAAUUCUUGUCAAGACAAAGAUAAGCUACAUCUGACUUUUAACCUCUCGAAUAUCUGGAGUGGCCACGACCAUCAGCAAAGACCUCUACACAUUGCCUGGCCUCACCGGUGGGAACACGACAAAGAUCCUGAAACUUUCUUUAAAGUCCUGAUGAGACUGAAAGAGGAGGAUUUACCUUUUCACGUGUCCGUCCUUGGAGAGGCUUUCACUGAAAUUCCAGAUAUAUUUGCAGAGGCCAAAAAAGCGUUGGGAUCUUCCGUCUUGCACUGGGGCUACUUACCCAGCAAAGAUGACUAUUUCCAGGCUCUGUGCAUGGCCGAUGUUGUCAUCUCGACAGCUAAACACGAAUUCUUUGGCGUGGCAAUGGUGGAAGCUGUGCACUGCGGCUGUUACCCGCUGUGUCCCAAAGCCUUGGUGUACCCGGAGAUAUUUCCAGCUGAAUAUCUGUAUUCUACACCUGAACAGCUUUUUAAAAGGCUUCAGAAUUUCUGCAAGAGACCAGAUACUGUAAGGAAACAUCUCUAUAAG